UGCACGAAAAAACGAAAAUCAAAGUCAAGUUUGUCUAAUCUUGAGUGCCAAUGUAAGACUUUGAGCGCGUUAUUAUUUAGGUGGUCCAUUCUAAAUUGCCAGACCAUGUUGAUCUUCCUUCACCAAGACAAGACAAGAAGAAAGAAGAUGCCGAACCACCACCUUCUCUGCAUUCUCUCUCCCUCUCUCUCCCUCUUCUUCUUCUUCUCCUUCUUCGCGAGCUUCCAUGGCGGCCACUCCAAUUUCUCGCCCGACUGCGACCCCGACGUACCCCCGUUCCUAUGCGGCGGCUUCGAAAUCCGAUUUCCAUUCUGGAACGUCACCAGCGACGCCGACGUGCACUGCGGGUACCCGGGCUUCGGCCUCCAUUGCCCGUACGGCUCCGUUCACCCGACUCUCUCUCUUUCGGGCGACUCCUACUACGUCACCGGCAUCAACUACGACGACAAAACCCUGACUCUAGUCGACAUCGACUUCGUCACCGACCAGGGAUGCCCCAGGGCCCGCCACAACCUGAAGCUCGAAUCGCUCCCGCUCGAGUACAACCACUCCAACGUCAACCUCACCUUCUUCUUCAACUGCACAGCUCCUCUGGCUCUGGCGGCGUCCAUCCCCGCCUUGGCCAUCGAUUGCUUGAAAUCCGGGGACAAUCGGACGUACGUGCUCGUGAACAACAGCCCGGAGGAGGUGGCUGCAUUCGAAAAGGAGCUGCGCUGCGAGGAUGCGGUGGUGGUGGCGGUGAAGCGAACGGACGUGACGAUGGGGAACGUGUUGGAGGAGUUCGCCGAGGCGAUGAGAGAAGGGUUCGUGCUGGACUGGGGGACGUCGAAGGAUUGCCGCAAGUGCGAGCACUCCGGCAGGCGGUGCGCGGUCGACGAGCACGAGCAGCUGGUGUGCUUAUGCGACGACGAGAAAACCCACACCGGCGUUUCGUUUUGCAAAGCUUCUGGCAAAUUCGCGCCGUUCCGUCAUUGUGUUCCCUAUGAGUGCGGAGAUCAACAAAUCAGCUAUCCUUUCAGGCAUCAUAAGCGACCGAGCUACUGUGGGUAUCCAGGCUAUGAGCUCGGCUGUGACCAUGAUGACCCGAUUCUGUCCAUGGAGUCCCUGGAAUAUCGGGUAAUCCACAUCAAUAUGAGCACGCGGAUCCUUGAGGUGGCUAGGAUGGAUUUAUCUGGCGAUAUAUGUGCUGGAACACAUGUCCAAACCACCUUAGACUUGAGUCUCUUCGACUCCACUCCCGGCGACCUCAAUUCCACCUUAUUCUACGGUUGCAAUUCACCGCCCCCCCCUGGAUCUUUUCCGUUCUCUUGUCCCGCAUAUGGAGAUGGCUACUUUGCUUUUGAAGUGGACCCUGCAAACCCACCACACGAGCCAUGCAACUUCAGUGUCUUUGUCCCAUCUCUACCACUGCCACCGUGGGAGGGUGGCGAUGAUAAUGCUACUCCUAGUCUUGAUAUCAUCCGUGAGUUCCUGAAGCAAGGCUUUGAGAUCGCCUGGAUUGCCAACACAUCGCAGUGUGAAAGUUGCACCGAAUCAGGAGGAAGAUGCGGGUACGACUGGAAAAGGCAACAAUUUAAUUGUUUCUGCACUGAUGGAGCCCAUUCACCGGCCUGCAACGGAACCCGAGUCCCGGGAAGCUUCCCUUCGAGUAAGUAUGCUUACUCUCACCUCCUAUCUGGUUUCAACUGGCUAAAGCUGUUCAAUGAGAUGGGUUGCUGGGCAUAACCCUUCCCUUUCCUUGUUAAUUGGAAAACGACCCGCUAAAUCUUCCCUUAUAAUGAAGUAAAGUCAUCUUAUCCUCCCUA